GUUGGUUCACAGGACUCAGGUUGAAUGGGACUUGUUUGAGAACCCAGGCUGGAUGGGACUUGUGGCAAGCAGUCCAGCACAGCCUCAUAGUGCAGGGCAUGGGCUUUGGAUCCUGCCCCCACCCUAGCUUUGUGACCUUGAGUGAGCUACAUAACUUCUCAUGUGUAAGGUGCUCAUCAUAAUGUUUCUGACCUCAGUGGUUUGUUGUGUUACAGGAAAUGAUGUCAGUGAAUCCAAAGCCCCAGCUUCAGCACAGGGCAGCCACCUUGAAGCUCUUAAAUAUCACUGUUGUUAAUACAGAGAGGAAAACCAACUGUAACGUGCUGCCCAAAUAUAAGUUUUACUCAUAUUUUGAUGUUAGGAUGGAUAGCUUGGAAAAAGAUGAAGGAAACGGCCUUUAUUAUGAGGCAUCUACGAAGGAUCAGGAAUGGAUAUAGACAAGGAACUAGUAAUGGAAAGUGUUAAACCUGGAGCCCCUGGAAAACCAGAAAUGAGGCUGGGCACUAAGGAAGAAACAAAUGAAGGUGACGCUAAUGAAAGUUCAUUAGAAGUCUUGUCCAGCAAUGUGCCUCUCCUGACCCUGGACUUCUUGGACACAACCCAGGCCAAAGAGAAGGUCUUUCUCCCCAUGGUCAGCCACACGUUCCACAUGCCCACAGAGGAGUCCGACGCCCCACAGCAAGGUGACGACCUAUCCGAGUCCUCAGCAAACACCAGCCAGCCCAAGCAGAACGACCUCCCCAAGUCCUCAGCAAAACCCAUUCAGCCCAAGCUGGGCACUAUUCCCAAGUCCUCAGCAAAACCCAUCCAGCCCAAGCUGGGCACUAUUCCCAAGUCCUCAGCAAAACCCAUCCAGCCUAAGCUGGACAGUAUUCCCAAGUCCUCAGCAAAACCCAUCCAGCCCAAGCAGGGUGACACCUCCAAGUCCUCAGUAAAGACCAUCCAGCCCAAGCUAGGCAAUAUUCCCAAGUCCUCAGUGAAGCCCAGCCAGCCCAAGUCCCCAGAAGAAACCAUCCAGGCCAAGGAAGGUGACAUCCCCAAAUCCCAAGAAGAAACCAUCCAGGCCAAGGAAAGUGACAUCACCAAGUCCCCAGAAGAAACCAUCCAGGCCAAGGAAAGUGACAUCACCAAGUCCCCCAAAGAAGCCAUCCAGCCCAAAGAGGGUGACAUCCCCAAGUUACCAGAAGAAGCCAUCCAGCCUAAGGAGGGUGACAUCCCUGAGUCCCCAGAAGAAGCCAUCCAGCCCAAGGAGGGUGACAUCCUAAUAAAGCCUGAAGAAGAAACAACUGAGUCCCUGGAGGGGGACAUGGUGAAAAUGAUCCUGAGCAAGGAGGACUUUGAGGCAGCACUGAAGGAGGCUGGGCAGAAGCUGGUAGCUGUGGACUUCUCAGCCACAUGGUGUGGGCCCUGCAGGACCAUCAGACCAUUCUUCCAUGCCCUGUCUGAGAAGCAUGAGGAUGUGGUGUUCCUGGAGGUGGACGCUGACGGCUGUGAGGAGGUAGUGAGAGACUGUGCUGUCAUGUGUGUCCCAACCUUUCAGUUUUAUAAAAAAGAAGAAAAGGUGGACGAGUUUUGUGGCGCCCUUAAGGAAAAACUCGAAGCAGUCAUUGCAGAAUUAAAGUAAACAUGUAUUCUG